AUGAAGAUGUGGAAGGUCUGCAUCUCUCGAAUGAUGAAUUUCGAACCCCACCACAUCCAUCACAACACCACGACGACGGUGCCCGAACAGAUCUUGGCGAUCUGCAACGAGGGAACCCACCACCGCCGUCACCCCAAGUACGUGCUGCGGAUCUCCUUCGAUCAGUGCAAGGCCGUCGCGCCCGUCUCGCUCUACCUGUUCUUCUUCCUGCUCGUCGUGCUUGCGCCUGCCCGACGGCUCGGCCGCGCCGCCUGGGGCCUCAUGCCCCUGGGCCACACCAUCGGCCGCAACCUGCCGCUCCAGCUGCGCGCCUCGCUCGUGCUGGCCAUCUGCUUCCUCCUCGGCGUGGGCGUCACCAUCGCCGAGCCCGCCAUCUCCGCUCUCCAGGCCAUCGGGUCGUUGGUGGCGGUGGAGCGCGCGGCGUAUCUCUACGCUGUGCUCAAUGAGUACACGCUCUUUCUUAUAUUGGCCGUCGCUGUCGGGGUGGGCUUUGCUGCUUCGCUGGGCGUGCUCCGAUUCUAUCGCGGAUGGCAAAUGAAGCCCAUCAUCCUCAUCACCCUCGUGCCGACCAUAUUGCUCAGCAUCGUGUUGCAUUUCAAUGACGAGCUGCGACCACUCAUCGGUCUCGCUUGGGACUGCGGGGCAAUCACCACCGGACCAGUCACUGUCCCGAUCGUGCUGGCCGUGGGCAUCGGCGUUGCCUCGGCCAAGUCCGUCUUCGCCGGGAAACCCGCCACCACCAUCGAAGAGGGCCAGGACAAACACACAGAAGACGGUGAUGCGGAGGAUGAUGGCGAUAUGGGCGGCUUCGGUAUCGUGACCCUGGCGUCGCUCAUGCCCGUCAUCACCGUCCAGGUCCUGGGCAUCCUGCUCUACGCCCUCGUCGACAAAGCCGACAUCGAGAAAUACGCCCUCAAGCACGACGCCAUCGAUGGCGUCCAGUCCUGGUACGAUAAGACGCCCCAGCGCGAGGUCAUCUUGUCGGUGCGGGCGUUGGUGCCUCUGCUGGUGUUUCUGGUGCUCAUCCUCAAGCUGGUGCUCAAGCAGCGCUUCCCGCACGUCUCCCUCCUCGACAUCCUCUUCGACCAUUCCCACAGCCACAGCGGCCCCAGCGCGGCCGCGACGCCGGACUUUGACGGCGACGGCGACCUCGCGAGGCGAAGGCGAAAGCGAAGACGAAGACGAAGACGAAGACGAAGCAGAGACGGAAGCGGGUACCAUCGGGCCGACACGGCGGGCAGCGACGACGACGAGGUGGGAGACGGCCUGGAGAUGGUAGAGUUUGACGUUCACGUGAGCCACGAAGACCUGGGCACUCGUCCGGGCGACGACGACCACGAUGGUGAUGGCGAUGACUAUGAUGGUGACGAGGCCGACGACGCGGUGGAGGCCAAGGAGAAGCGGGCGACCAAGCGCGCGGACGCCGAGAAGGAGGGCGCCGAAGCUGAGGCGACUGACCGAAAGUUGGUCGGUGGAACGCCCGGUGGCGCGGAGGGACCUGCCGCGGAGGUGCACACCAACUGGAUCUACGUGUAUCUGGUGCUGGCGCUCUUGGGCCUGAUGCUGUUCAACAUCGGUCUUACCCAAGGGAGCGAGACGGGAUACCUGAUCCCGCUCACGUUCAUGUCGCUGCCGAAGGAGCACAACCACCACCACGCGCAGGCGAACGCGACUGCUGCUGCAUCGGCGGCUGACGCGUCGGCCGACAGUGGCGAUGACGACGACAACCUCAUGCAGCCGCUCUACCCCUACGCCUUGGGCUUGUCUAUCGCCCUCGCCUUCUCCUUUGUCCUCGGCUUCGGCGCCACUUUCGCCGAGCCUGCUCUCCGAGUGCUGGGCAAGCAGGCGGAGCGGCUGUCGCAGGGCCGGAUGAAAUCCAACGUGCUGAUCUAUUCGGUGUGCGUGGGCGUGGGCGCCGGGAUCACGCUGGGCAUCGUCAAGAUCACCUUCCACAUCCCGCUGCUCUACCUCAUCCUGCCGGCCUACGCCUUCACCGUCGUGCUCACGCUCCUCUCGCCCGAGGAGUUCGUCAACGUCGCCUGGGACUGCGGCGGCGUGACCACGGGUCCGGUGACGGUGCCGCUGGUUCUUGCUCUCGGCCUGGCGUUCGGUAACGCAGUAGACGCUAAUGAAGGAUUCGGGAUCUUGACGAUGGCAUCGGUGGGACCGAUUGCCGCCGUGCUGACCGUCGGCCUGUUGCUCACCACCUUUGCUGAACCGCUGCAGCGGGUCAAAGCUGGGGUGAUGAGGCGCUGCUGUCCCCGCAGGGUCGAGAUGUUGUGA